CAAUUGAAAAAUGUUCAGUCCAAUAAUUCCCAUUUUAGAACGAAGCUAAGGCCAAGGCCAAAGUUGCUAUAACAAACAGGCAACCCGCCCAAAAACGAAAAACGGGCUUAUCGACCGCCGUCUUCAACCUUCUAAACCCCAGCUUCUCUGUUUCUUCGAAUGCAAACUUAACAAUGGCGAAGAAAUCAAAGGAACACCGCAACAAAACUUCAACUUCUAAAUCUGAAGAAAAUCCCGCAACUCCUAAAAACAUUCUCAACAAAUUAUUCGGCGAAAUCUCAGAUGCUGAACCCUCUAAUUCUUUGUUUUCCUCAGAAAAUCCCUUCCGCAGAAAACCGACGGAAGUUUCAGAAACCCUAAAAAUUGCGGAGGUUGAGAAACCUGAAAUUAAGAUAAAGAAGAGGAAUAAGGACGAAAUUGUUGUAGAGGAAGGUAAGAAAUUGAAGAAAGAGAAAUUGGGGAAAAACCCUAAUUUGGGAAUUGUUAAUGGGGAGGAAAACAAUGUGAAAUUGGAAGAGAAGGAGAAGGAGAAGAAGAAGAAGAGGAAGAGAGAUGAAUUGGAGAGGGAUUAUGAGGUGAAGAAAUAUGGAGUUGCUCCAGAAGUGGUGGAAGAGGAGAAAGAGAAAGUGGUGGGUGGGAAGAAGAGGAAGGCCAUGGAUAAUCCUGCAGAAAUGAUGGUUUCUCCAGAAGGGUAUGAUGAUGAAAGUAAACUUUUGAGGACUGUUUUUGUUGGAAAUUUGCCUUUGAAGAUCAAGAAGAAGGUUUUGUUGAAGGAGUUUAGUAAAUUUGGGGAGAUUGAUUCAGUUCGAAUUCGGUCUGUUCCCACAUUGGAUAGUAAGAAGCCGAAGAAGGUUCAGGUGAUACAUGGGAAACUCAAUGAGGCAGCUGACAGUGUCAAUGCCUACAUUGUUUUCAAAACAGAGCAAGCUGCUGAAGCUUCCUUGGCCCAUAAUAUGUCUAUGGUUGGUGGAAAUCAUAUUCGUGUUGACAGGGCAUGCCCACCUCGGAAGAAAUUAAAAGGAGAGGAUGCUUCAGCUUCUCUUUAUAGUAACAAGAGGACACUUUUUGUGGGUAAUUUGCCGUUUGAUGUGAAGGACGAGGAACUUUAUCAGUUGUUUUGCAGUAUCAAGCAGCUGGAAUCUAGCGUUGAAGCUGUUCGAGUUGUCAGGGAUCGUCACACAAGUCUAGGGAAGGGGAUAGCUUAUGUCUUGUUCAAAACAAGGGAAGAUGCUAACUUUGUUUGUAAGAAACACAAACUGAAGCUCCGAGACCGUGAAUUGAGGAUUUCUCAUGCCAAGUCAAACACUCAAUCUACACCCUCCAAAACACCUUCCAUAACACCUUCCAAGAGGAGAAGUUCAUUUUCUGGUGACUCAGAAAGCUCCCCUGCUAAGAAGUUUUCAGCAGGUCCAAAGACUCCAAGAGGUCGCUACAAGUUGAGUGUCGGAGGUGAUACCUCAUAUCAAGGUUUACGUGCAAGUAAAUCUGGCGAGAAAAAGAUGACUCCCUCUAGAAGAACUCCUGCUACACCAGCUGUCGUGAAAUCUGGAUUGAAGAGUGGAGAUAAAAUCAAACAGAGAAAGGAUAAAAGACCAUCAGUAGCAGCCAGAAAGGCAAAAGCAAAUGCUAUGCUGAGUGGUGGUGCUUCCAUCAAAGGAGGGAACAAAAGGAAGAUGGAUGCUAGAACUCCUCUCAGUUCUAACAACAAGAAGAAGGCUAAGAAAUCCAAAUGAAAGAGCUGUAGUGUUUAACGAUCGUCUGUCCAUUGUUGCUCUUUGAAAUAUGUUCAAGUUUUUACUCAAAAGGAGAGAUUGUUGUAAUUUGAUCUGAGCAGUCGAUACAACCUUGUAUUAGGUUGUGCAGUUUUCUACUAUACAUUGUAAACUGAGCAUGACUUUUUGGCUAAAUAUGAGUUAGUUAGAUUUUUUUUUUCCA